ACAACAAUAGUAACUGUGCAGGAUUUUGCACAUUGAUCAGUCCUCAUGUAUUGAAGUUGGCAAUUAGAACCUGAUGGGUGUUAUGAUUGAUAGUUGAUGUAAAGCAUUCCUUUCAAAUAUGGAAAAAACUGAUAAUGGUCAAAAACUGGGGUAUCGGCAUGUACAAGUUGGAUUGCUGCUUCUCAUGCUUGCGAUUGGAAUAGGGAUGAGAGUACACCUAUCAGUGGCGAUAGUAGCAAUGGUUGAUAAUACAACAAGCUCGAAUCCUGAUGUACCGACUUACAAAUGGUCCAAUAAAAAUCUGAUUCUCUCAUCAUUUUAUUGGGGAUACGUUUGUCUUCAAGUAGUGGUAGCAGAUUUGGGUAGGAAGUAUGGUCCUAAAAGAUUCUUACUAGGAGCUAUGUCCAUAAACUCGACAGCGAUGUGCCUCAUUCCAGUAAUUGCCUCCAAAUUUGGAUCAAGUGGAGUCAUAGUUUGUAGAGUAGUUAUGGGAUUAGCCCAAGGAUGCUUCUAUUGUAACAUUCACAAUACUCUCACCAAAUGGAUUCCUGUUUCUGAGAGGACUCGACUGACUUCCUUGGCAUUAUCAGGUGCCGCUUUGGGAACCAUCUUCACCAUGCCAAUAGUUGGAUAUAUUUCAUCAUCUUCUCUAGGUUGGCCAUUUGCGAAUUAUUUAUAUGGAGGUUUUGGAUUCACAUGGGUCGUUAUUUAUUUCGUUUUCGGUACCAGUACACCUAGAGAACACCGAAGUAUAUCAGAGGCAGAGCUAAAUUUCAUCGAGAGCUUCAAGGAACCGAUUGGAAAGAAGCCUCCUACUCCUUGGAAAUCAAUUGUAACGUCCGUACCAAUAUGGGCAGUUUUAUGUUCGCAAGUAGGUACUGUAUGGGGAUACAAUACUUUGCUCUCAGAAAUACCAACUUACAUGAAUAAAAUUAUUGGAUUUAACAUGAAACAGAAUGGGCUCCUAUCGGCAAUUCCUUACUUGACCAAUUUCAUAAUGACCUACGUUUUUUCCUAUUUAUCAGAUUAUUUGAUAAAUAACAACAUCAUUUCCACAACUUGGUGUAGAAAGUGUGCAUCCACAAUAGCGACUCUAAUCCCAGCAGCAUCAUUUCUCAUACUUGGCUUCCUAUCGAAAAGUGGUCCAACUGUAUCAGUUUUGCUGUUAGUAACAGCUGUAGGAGCUCAAUCAGCAGCCACUAGCGGAUAUAUGGUGAAUCACUUGGACUUGUCUCCAAACUUUGCUGGAAUUAUAAUGGCAAUGUGCAACAGUUCCUCGAAUUUCAUAUCGAUAUUUGCACCGAUAUUGGUGCAGAUAGUAGUUGAUGAUGAGAGUGACAUUUCUGAAUGGAGGAUCAUUUUUACGGUCGCAGCAGUGAUGUUAUUGAUUCCAAACAUAUUCUACUUAUUCUAUGGAUCUGCAGAAAUUCAGCCUUGGGAUUCUGUAUCCAGUGAAGAGAAGAAAGCAAUACAAGAGAGAAAUAAGAAAAUGUCGGUUAUUUCGAUAAUGUCACUGUGAAAUACGGGAAACCAUUCCUAUGUUAUUUUGUAUAUAGUGAUAACCGAUCUUCAUUUGUAAUAUAGAGAGACAAUUUUUAGUAAAUUAUGCACAGUAUUAAUAGUAUGAGGUGAAAAUAACGAAAAAGCUCUAUACAAAAAUAUAUAGAUAUAGAUCAAGUAUGAAAGUUUUUUUUUAUAAAAAUUGGAAAAAAUCUAUAAGAAUGACUUACAUGCAAAUCACCUUCAAACUAAUGUAGAACUGAUACUUCUACGUUUGUUUGUUUGAAGGUGGUUCACAAUGCUUCAUGAUGAAUUUCAUUAGUUCAAACUUCCAUUGUAUAGUAUGAUAUAAUAUGAUUUGGAAUCCCUGAAAGAACAAUUUUUUCCUCACCUUUCUUGCUGAUUAUAACACCCAAGAGAUUUGUAUUUUAUAUGACAGAAUUAUGAAUUAUUUUUAAUAAAGACAACUACUCCGUAGAUCUUA